AUGGAUGGGUGGAGCGCCAUGAAAUGGAAGGGAGCAUCGAAGGGCACUGUAUCGGGGGAAGCGCGGAAGGUGUGGGUGCGCAACCCCUCCCUCCCAGUGGCGGGAGCAAAUCAGAGCGCCCGCGCAAAGUGGAGAUUCCUGCAGGCGGGAAAGCAGCAGCAGCAGCAGCAGCAGCAGCAACAGCAGCAACAAAAGGAGCUGACGAUCGGACAAAGAUAG